UGCCAACCGCCAUUUCACACAUACUGCGGCUAAAGCUAACUAGCUCACGAUGUCCGGACAGGAGGAUCCAGUGCAACGAGAAAUUCACCAAGACUGGGCGAAUCGGGAAUACAUCGAAGUGAUCACCAGCAGCAUUAAGAAAAUCGCCGAUUUCCUCAAUUCCUUCGAUAUGUCCUGCAGGUCCCGUUUAGCCACUCUGAAUGAGAAACUUACCGCUCUGGAGAGAAGGAUCGAGUAUAUCGAAGCCAGGGUCACAAAAGGGGAAACCUUGACUUAAAUAUCUCUUUGGGUCCAUGACGAGGACAAGAUGACUACAAACAUUCACCUCCUGUCUACAUCAUUAACAUUAAUUAUUCAAACUGAAUUCCAACUGGCUGGCUCUGAUAGAUCAAUUCAUUUACGUAUGGGACCAUUGUGACGCUGUUAACAGAUAUGGGUUCUUCCUCGUUUUAUGCCUGAUUAUGGCUGACGUCAUGUUCAUCUAGGCCUCCAUUCUUCUGAUCCGUCAGAUAACUUGUUACUGUCUCUGUUGUGCUUUCCCAUGUAAACAGCCCUAUGUAGUGUGUCUUUUGGUUCUGACCUGGUUUUUAAACCAUUUUGAAAGGCAAAAUAUAUUAAUGGUAAUGCAAAGUAAGACUGAAAUUACAUAGGAUAACAUAUUUUGCCUUGAUACUUUUUUUUAUUAUUAUUAUUAUUUUUUUUUUUACUUUAACCAUUUUCUUGAGUUUUGCCCUCUUGUGUUUUACCAGAUUCUGUUAUUGUUAAAUUUAAAAAUGAAUGUUGAAAUACAUUGCUGCUUGCUGUACAUUAAUCAUGCUACAAACAUCUGCACAUGAGAAAUGCCAGUUAGAGGUGGGAGUGGAUGAAAAGCACUAAAGUGCCAAUUAGACUGUUUUUAAAGCGAUCACCACUCCUCUAAAGCAAUUUUAUGUUGUUGUAGUGUCUUUUGUGAUGCUGGUUUUAUGGAAAAACAAUAAAAAACUCAGUUAAACCA